GCUGCCCGGAGCCGGGCGCCCGCGGCAGCACCAUGAGCCCCCGCUCGUGCCUGCGUUCUCUGCGCCUCCUCGUCUUCGCCGUCUUCUCGGCCGCCGCGAGCAACUGGCUGUACCUGGCCAAGCUGUCAUCGGUGGGGAGCAUCUCCGAGGAGGAGACCUGCGAGAAGCUCAAGGGUCUGAUUCAGAGGCAGGUGCAGAUGUGCAAGCGGAACCUGGAGGUGAUGGACUCGGUGCGCCGCGGCGCCCAGCUGGCCAUCGAGGAGUGCCAGUACCAGUUCCGGAACCGGCGCUGGAACUGCUCCACGCUCGACUCCCUGCCCGUCUUCGGCAAGGUGGUGACGCAAGGGACUCGGGAGGCGGCCUUCGUGUACGCCAUCUCUUCAGCAGGUGUGGCCUUUGCGGUGACGCGGGCGUGCAGCAGUGGGGAGCUGGAAAAGUGUGGCUGUGACCGGACAGUGCACGGGGUCAGCCCACAGGGCUUCCAGUGGUCAGGAUGCUCGGACAACAUCGCCUACGGCGUGGCCUUCUCACAGUCGUUUGUGGACGUACGGGAGAGAAGCAAGGGGGCCUCGUCCAGCCGGGCCCUCAUGAACCUCCACAACAACGAGGCUGGCAGGAAGGCCAUCCUGACACACAUGCGGGUGGAGUGCAAGUGCCACGGGGUGUCGGGCUCCUGCGAGGUAAAGACGUGCUGGCGAGCCGUGCCGCCCUUCCGCCAGGUGGGCCACGCACUGAAGGAGAAGUUUGAUGGUGCCACCGAGGUGGAGCCACGCCGUGUGGGCUCCUCCAGGGCGCUGGUGCCUCGCAAUGCACAGUUCAAGCCGCACACGGACGAGGACUUGGUGUACUUGGAGCCCAGCCCAGACUUCUGCGAGCAGGACAUGCGCAGUGGUGUGCUGGGCACGAGGGGCCGCACCUGCAACAAGACGUCCAAGGCCAUCGAUGGCUGCGAGCUGCUGUGCUGCGGCCGGGGCUUCCACACAGCUCAGGUGGAGCUGGCUGAGCGCUGCAGCUGCAAAUUCCACUGGUGCUGCUUCGUCAAGUGCCGGCAGUGCCAGCGGCUGGUGGAGCUGCACACGUGCCGGUGACUGCCGCCCCGCCCUGUGCCCAGCAACCACCUAGUGGCCCAGGGAAGGCCGAUAAUUUAAACAGUCCCCCACCACCUACCCCAAAAGAUACUGGUUGUAUUUUUUGUUUUGGUUUGGUUUUUGGGUCCUCAUGUUAUUUAUUGCCGAAACCAGGCAGGCAACCCCAAGGGCACCAACCGAGGCCUCCCUGAAGCCUGGGCCUUUGUGGCUGCCACUGACCAAAGGGACCUUGCUCAUGCCUCUGGCUGUCCACAUGUGGCUGCUGCUGACCACUCAGUUGUUAUCUGUAUGCAUUUUUCUACUUGCAGACUUAAGGUGGGUAAUGAGUGUUACAGCCACAUGCCUACUGACCCUGCCAUCUACGAAGUGGCCCUAUGGCAGGGGAAAUCGAUGCCAUCUUGAUGGAAGUUGCACCCACACAUACACACGAACCCCUGGCAGCUUCAGCCUGGUAGCCUUGUCUCUGAAGCCCCCUGGAAAGGGAAUGGGCAAAUACCAGGUCAAGGGUAAAGGGUUAAUUUCAGCCCUCCAUGAGCCACUGGAGGUUCAACCUCUGUGAGACCUUCCAGGCAGGAAGAGCACGUGAGAUGAGGGCAAGAGAAGGCUACAGCGCCACCCCAAAGCCAGCCCGCCCAGCAUCCCCCUCAAAGACGGAACCCCCCACUGCCUGGUCCUCCAGGCAGGAGUACAGGCUGCCGAUCCUCUGCAGUGAUGCCCCGUGUGUCUCCUCUUCACGGUGCUCCUCCUCUGUGAAGCUAGGAAUGGAAAUCACACAUGCAGGAAAGGCCGUGCAAAAAAGCCCUCUCCCAACUAUUAUUUCACUCAUUCACCAAAUGUAUUCAGCAAAAACUAUGUUCUAGGCCCUGUACUGAGCCAUCUCACUGGAUGACCAUAACAGUCCUGGGAUGCUUGUGCCCAUUUUACAGCAGAGAGGGCAGUGCUCAGCAGGGGCCCCGAGCAAGCUGGGUGCAGAGGCAGAGCCAGAAGAGCCCUCUAGUCAAGGUUCCUCCUGGAUGCCUGUGCCCAAAAACCCAGAAACUGCAGGUCUCUUUGGAGGUCUGAGUCUUGGGGAGGGGGCCCUCGCUGGAGGAAGAGGGGCCAGGAAGCAGCAAGAGCCACAGACCACAGGCUGAGCUAGAGCUCACAUGGGUCCUGAGGGCAGAGCAGGCUCUGAGGGAAGAGGUAGACAGCUAGAAGGCUGACGAAGUGAGGUCUCAGCAGCUAAGACACCCCUGGCCCCCGGUACCAUGGGUACUGAAGAAGAGGCCCCCAGGGGCAGCAGCAGCAGCCCAGGCCUGCCCCUGUGCACCAGCCAAACCGUCAGGAGCCCAGCCCAAACUUCUGUGAGCAGGACAUGCACACAAGACCCGGCCCAAGUGCUUCUCAGGUGGGCUCGCCACCACCAGAGGAACUCGCUGUCAGCCCAGUCUCCAAGCUGCCCUCACAGUGGGGCUCUAGGCUCCUGGUUUAAGGUCUUGAGCUCUGGGAUUCCCAUUGGAAGUUCUCAGCCCCUAGGCUUUUGGCUCCAGGGUUCAGCAUCUGAAUUCAAAUCCCAGAUUCAGAAUAUGGGCUCCAGCCGGUAUAAGCUCUCCUCCAGGCCUUGUGGUUUGUGCCUCCUGGUGUUGGCUCCCUCAGGAAGAAAGGGUCAACACCCUUGGCCCCCCGGCAAGCUCUCUGCUCAAUGUCCAUCCAAGAAGGCGGCCAAAACCAAGUGAGAUGCUGGAGCCACAUUUCAAUGUGGGGAUAAUCUUGGGGCAGGAAGGCUCUGAUGUGGAUGAAAGCUGAGCCGACAGAGUGUCCCCACAGCUGCCCAGCUGGGCUUACCACUCCUCUGGCGGGCUCUGUUCAGCCAUCCGCUCAGUGCCAGGGAAAAUACUAUCCCUCACUGGUAGAGACCAGACCCAAACCAGGAAGCAGUGGAGACCACUCCCUCUCCAGAGCCAGGGCUGAGCCACUCUCCUCCACCCCAGGUCCUGUCCUCAGAGGCAGCGGAAGAGUAGGUCUAGGCUGGGUGCUGGUAGGAUGCGUACUGCCCCAGGAAGAAUGGAGACGGUCUGUGCCUGUUGGUAGGCUUCACCCUUUCACCUGCCAGGGAGCUCCUCAAAGCUGAUCCUCCUGGAGCUGUAAGGAUGGAACCUCAGUGAAGCAGACUAGAUUCUAGGAACCUCUGCCCUGCCCUACCACCACCAGUACCCCAAAGCCCCAAGGGAUCCACAGCCAAGGAGAAUGGAGUUUCCUUGGACACACCCCCCUCCAAACUGUCCCAAAUAGAGAAGGAACCAGCACAGGCCUGACACAGUCCACCUACUCUGGAAGCUGGCCAGAGGGUCCAAGUCCUGCCCGAAACCUUCUCCACUAGUCUUGCCACAAGGCAAAAGUGAUGUCCUCUGAGGCCUAGGGCUGGAUCAGCCCCAGCUCUGGAUGCUGCUACCCUCUCUGCUGCCCCCACCCCAUCCUCCAAUUUUUAUACUAGGCUCCUUGCAAUUGUGACAUCCCCAUGAAAUAGCCUGAUGCACGAUAAAAUGAUUAUUUCUUUA